AGGAAAUGAGAAAACGGCUUCUGAUCCAAGCUGAACAGGUCCAACUUCAGUGGCAGAACUGGUGGCCUUGGAGUGGCUGAAGAUCACCACCUUCCACAGAGACAGGCACAGCCAUUCUUCUUUACCUUGAGCCUGCUUUAAUGAAGGCUGGUCAGUUCUGCAAGAAAGGAAAAGACAGAGGAGAUUGGCUCAAACCUCUGGACCUUGGUGAGAAAAGGGACAGUGCCUGCCAUAGCUACUGAGGAGGAACAGCAGGACCUACUACAGUCGUCUUUAGUGUGUAACAUCACUUGACUACAGAUACGAAGGGGAAUUGCACCACAUCACUGAAGAUCCUCCUCUACGGAUAGCUCUGCUGGUACUAGAGUUGCUGAUGAUCACCACUCUCAACAGGUCUGCACCCACCUAGAUCGUGUCCAUCUUCUUCAACCUUGAUUUUUUCUCUUCUGUACGGCAUCCGUACUAAUGACUGAGAUUGUGCUUGGGUAGUAGCCCUAUUGACUGUUGGAUUGGCAAGCUACUCUAAUUCAUGUUUUUAGUGUUAUAGCCUAGCUCACGAAAUAUCAGUGUGACAAGCCAAUUCUGUGACAUAUCUGUGGUGAAGGCUUGUUCUCAGUAAGGGGCUUUCUGUACCUUAUACCAUGACUGGGGCAGAGAUUGAGCCUGGUGCCCAGGCCAAGACCGAAAACAAGGGUACUGAUGAGGUUGGUGUAGCUGAGGGAGAUAAUGAAGUCCCUAUGGUGGUCAGACCAAAGGUUAGGACACAGACAAUGACUGGAACAAGGCCUAAAAUGAAGUCCAGAGGCAUGCCAGGAGCAAGGUCCAAAAGUGAACCCAGUACAGGAGAUGUGACACAUACCAACUAUAAAACCAAAGCAGUCUCUAGUUCCAGAUCAAAGAAUGAUGCCCAGGCCUGGGCCCAGAGUAAGUUUUGGGUAGAUUCAAAAUCAAAAACUGGGGAAAAAUCUUCAGCCAGUGCUGCCAACUGUCCACUGGUUGGUACUGAUUGUGGGUUGGUUGGUAAAGCUAAGUGUCCACCUGGGGGUAGAGAACUUAUUAAUGUGGACACUAAGAAUUUUCCCAAAAAGAAGGCCAAUUCUCAAAUGGGAUUCCAGCCAUCAUGUGAGUUAGAGGAGGCAACUAAUAUUGGGUCCUGGUGCUCUGCCAGACCUGUACCCAAAGAAGAGACCUAUCAGACUUCUGAUUUCAAAUGGGUAGACAAACCCUUUGGAAGUGCCUGGUUCUCAAGUAGAGAUGAAGGAAGUACCAGAUUUCAUCCUAGGAAAAGCAUGAAGGCUAGUUCCAGGUCCAGGCACAUGGCCAAACCAGAGGCAAAUCCCAUUUCUAAGCACAAAAACAAUCAGGAGUUCUAUAUGAUAUCUAGUUCUGAAUCUGACGAUGAGUCUAAUAAGACAUCCUGGUUCUGGGGCAAAGAACAGUCCAAUCCCUGGUCCAGGUCAAGGGAAGAGGCCAAUAACAGGUCCUGGUUUAGACCUAACAGAGAAGUCUAUGCUGAAUCUAGUUCUGGGUCUGAAUAUGAAAAUCAGACGAAGUCUUGGUUGUGGCCUGGAGAAGAGGCCAAAGCCAGAUCUAAACUCAGAACCAGAAAAGGGGCCAGUAGCAAGGCCAGGUACCAAACCAAGCAAGAAAUUUGUACUGAUGUCAUGCCAGGAUCUAAUGAUACAAUCAAAAAAGAGUCCUGGUUGUGGCCUGAAGAAAAGGCUAGUGAUUUUUUAAGGCCCAAGACAAAGAAAGAGACCAGGUCCACAUUAAUGGCAAAGGAAGAAUCCAAAACCAAAGCUAGAGCCAGGGCCAAGCAAGAAGCCAGAUCAGAAGAGGAGGCCCUUAUUGGGUCCUGGUUUUGGGCAACUGAAGAGUCCACCAUGGUAGAUGAGGUGAGCAUCAAAUCUAGUCCACAUGUGGAGGAUGAGCCCAUUGUUGGAAAUUGGUUCUGGACUGAAGAAGAGGCUUGUGUGGGGAAUGGGACUAGUCAUAAAUCCAGACCAAGUGCUAAGGAGGAACAGGUUGUCAAUUUCUGUUUGGACACUGGGAACAAAAACAAUAUUGAAAUUGGAGCUCAGGCUGCCUCUAAACCUAUGGUAGCAGCUAAUGAUGAUGAGACUAUUGUUGGAUCCUGGUUCUGGACUGAUGAAGAAGUCCAACCAGAGAAUGAGGAAGAGAACGUUUUUGGAUCUUGGUUCUGGGGCAUUGAUGAUCCCAGUGGAAGAUGUGCUGCUAGAGUCAGCUGUGAGUCCACACCCAGGUGUGAGGAAAAAGAAGUUACCAAUUCCUGGUUCUGGGCUAGAGAAGUUGAUACAGAGGCUGAGGUUGAAGAACAGACCAGGUCAGGAUCUGAAGAAGGAUCAGUAUUUCUGUCCUGGUUUUGGUCUGAAAAGCAGCCACAUGUGAAUUCUGGAGCUGAAGCAAGCUGUGACAUCAGGACAGGAGCUGAGGAGGAGGAGCCCAUAAUUGGGCCCUGGUUCUGGGGCAGAGUAGAUGCUGGUGUGGAUGCUGAAGUUAACAGUAAGUCUAGUCUGGUGGAUGAGGAAGAGCCCAUUAUAUCUUCUUGGUUUGGGGCUGGAGAAGAGGCCAGUAUAAAGUGUGGGGUUGGUGCCAGAUGCAAACUUAUGGAAGAAGCUGACGAUACUGAUGGACGGUCUUGCAUUUGGGCAGAGGAAGAACCCUGUGUGUAUUCUCCCAAUACAGAAAGCUUGAAGUCUGCACUAGAGGAGGAAGAUUCUGUUGACUCAUGGUUAUGGUCCAAAAAUUACACAAGGCCAGAGACUGUUGUAGGGUCAUCCUGGUUAUGGGCUGCAGAACAGGGUAAUAUAGAUAAUGAGACAGGAGAAGAGAUCAAGCUACCUACUGUAGAGGAGAAUAUAUUCAAGUUCUGGAAAGAAAAUGAAAAAGCCAUUAUAGAGGCUACUGACAGAGAGGAGUCAAGGUCAGAAGCUGAAGAAGAGGACAUUAUUGGUCCUUGGUUUUGGACUGGGGAAGAAGAUAGGCUUGAGGCACCAGCUGAGACUAGAGAACAGAGCAAGAUAGGAGCAGAGGAGGAAGCCACUGUGGGGUCCUGGUUCUGGAUGGAUGAACCUAGUCCAGAGGCUGAGUCUCAGGCAUUAGAAGAAAUCAGGUCAGAGACUGAGGAGGAGGAAAUUUUUGCAUCCUGGUUCUGGGCUGGUAAAGAAAACAAUACAGAAGCAGAGCAGUGUUGUGAAUCCAAGCCAAAGGAUGAUGAAGAAAUGAUUGUUGAGUCCUGGCUCUGGUCUGAAGACGAGACCACUGAAGAACCUGAAACUGUGGCUACCUGUGAAUCUAGGCUAGAAAAUGAGGAAAGGCCACUUGAGUGUGAGUCAAGAACCACAGAUGAAGUAAAUAGUGAGACUGAUAAUGGAGCAAACUGUGACAACAGUACAGAAUCUGAGGCCAUAGUGGGAUCCUGGUUCUGGGAAGGAGAUGAGACACAUUUUGAAUCAAAUCCUAGCCCUGUAUUUAGGGCCAUUUGCAAAUCCAGUUCAGGUGAACAGGACCCUGAUCCUUCACGCAGACCUCAGAGCUGGGAUGAGGUCACUGUUAAGUUUAAGCCUGGUCCAUGGGGUAGGCUUGGUUUCCCAUCUAUAAGCCCCUUUAGAUUUCCAAAAGCAGCAGCUUCUCUAUUCUCUGACAUGUUUGGGGGAAAGCCCAAGCGCAGAGAACGUGGUUCACGUGGAGGGCGGCGGGGAUCUUCGUAUCGCCCUGAACCUGAGUUCCCAUUUCAGUAUGAUCCUUCCUACCGGUCAGUCCAGGAAAUUCGAGAGCAUCUUAAGGCCAAAGAAAGGUCAAAACCUGAUAGAUGGUCCUGUAGCUGUGUACAGUGUGAUCUUAGAAUUGGUUCUGAAGAGUUUGAAGAGCUUCUUAUACUAAUGGACAGAAUUCGUGAUCCUUUUGUCCAUGAAAUAUCUAAAAUUGCAAUGGGUAUGAGAAGUGCUUCCCCAUUUACCCGUGAUUUCAUUCGAGAUUCAGGUGUUGUUUCACUUAUUGAAGCUUUGGUGGAUUAUCCAUCCUCCCGAGAUAGGACAAGUUUUUUGGAAGAUAUGGUUGAUGUAGCUCCACCUUAUCCAGAACUAAACAUUAUUCAGACCUAUGUCUGUCGAGUGUGUGAGGACACCAUUACUAAAAGCCUUGAUUCCUAUGAGCAGCUGUCUGGAUUAACAAUGAUUAGACAUCUCACUACCACUACUGACUAUCACACACUGGUUGCCAAUUAUAUGCCUGGUUAUCUCACCUUACUAGAAACAGGCAAUGCAAAAACAAGAUAUCAUGUUCUGAAAGUGCUACUGAAUUUGUCUGAAAACCUUGCCAUGACAAAAGAACUCCUUGAUACUGAAGUAAUGACAGAAUUCAUGGGUCUCUGUAACAGGAAAGAUACAUAUGACAAUAUUGAAGUUGUUCUUGAAAUAUUUGAGAAUAUCAGUAAAAAUAUAGAAAAAGAAGCAUUCUUUGCUGAUAAUGACAUAGAUGUUGAGCCACUUAUUUCUAAAUUCCAUGAUGUCAAGAAAUGUGCUAAGGAACUGCUAAGCAAAACUGAACGUAAAAAUUUCCUUGAAGUAGCAGAUGAUGAUGACUUUGAUUAAGCACUUACCUCUGAUUGUUCUUAUGACCCUGUGUUAUGAUCCUCAAAUAAUGCUUUCGUUUUCACAGUUGCUUCCAUGUUUCAGUGUAUAUCUUUAAUGCUUAUCUUACUUUAUACAACUCUGUGUAACUUGAGUCAUUUUUUUCUGAUGCCAAAUGAAUAUUCAAACUGAAAACAAGUUUGUUGUUUCUUGUUUUGUCAAUUGUGAUACUGAGUAAUUGAAUUUAUUGUGAACUGAGCCAUUGUAAAUAAGAUAUAUGCUUCUACUUGUUCAAGUGUUUAUCCCAGUCUUGUGUUCCAAUAAAAUUCUGUUAAAGUUAA